CCCUGCUCCUUUCCACUCUUUACCCAUUUGCUUCUGCACUCUGCAGCUUUGCAAUUGGAAUCCAACUUUUCGAAAAUAGCUGAAUUUUUGAACCACCAUCCAUCAUGAUUUUUCAGGCUCUUUUCGAUCGCAUGGACUUUAAUAGUUGGCUGGUGUUUGGUUUUGUUUUACUGCUUCUAAUUGAUAUUGUUAAAACCUGGAAGCCUCCCAAGUUUCCCCCUGGACCUCUGUCUGUGCCUUUUCUAGGAAACGUCUUCACCGGGGUGGACUUCAAAACAAUGGAGAAGCUUUCUCAGGAUUUUGGCCCAGUGUUCAGCUUGAGGAGAGGCAGUGAAAGGAUGGUGUUUAUUUCAGGCUAUAAGAUGGUCAAAGAGGCUCUUGUCACCCAGCUGGACAGCUUUGUGGACCGACCAAUUGUCCCUCUUUUCCAUGUUGUGUUUAAGGGCCUCGGCAUUGCUCUCAGUAAUGGCUACCUUUGGAAAAAGCAGAGGAAAUUUGCCAACGCACAUCUGCGUUACUUCGGAGAGGGCCAGAAAUCCCUCGAAAGAUACAUUGAAAUAGAGAGCAACUUUCUCUGUGAUGCAUUCAAAGAGGAACAAGGGAGGCCAUUCAAUCCUCAUUACCUCAUAACAAACGCAGUGGGAAACAUUAUCUCCUCUGUGGUCUUUGGGCAUCGCUUUGAAUACUCUGAUCCAAGCUUUCGCAAAGUUUUGGAGUUGGACAAUGAAGCAGUGGUGCUUUCUGGCUCAGCUCGAACUCAACUGUAUGAUGCCUUCCCUAGUUUGCUGAAUUACUUACCAGGACCUCACCAGACCGUCCACGCCAACUACAGGGAAAUCGUCUGCUUCCUCAGAAAGGAAAUAGAAAAGCAUCAGGAGGAAUGGAACCCGGAGGACCCUCGUGAUUACAUCGAUGUUUACCUGUCUGAGAUGGAAAAGACAAAACAAGACCCCCAGGCUGGCUUCAACAUUGAAACACUGGUGGUCAGCACUCUUGACCUGAUAGAAGCAGGAACUGAAACAACUGCCACCACAUUGCGCUGGGGUCUUAUGUUCAUGCUCCACCACCCGGAAAUACAAGAAAAAGUCCAGGAGGAGAUUGACAGAGUGAUUGGACAAUCCCGUCAACCCGCCAUGUCAGAUCGACCCAACCUACCCUACACUGACGCAGUCAUCCAUGAAAUCCAAAGGAUGGGAAAUAUUGUUCCACUUGGAUUCCCCAAAAUGGCCAGUAAAGACACAACACUGGGAGGAUACUUUAUUCCCAAGGGCACACCCAUAACUACCAUCCUUUCGUCAGUGCUUUUUGAUAAGAAUGAAUGGGAAACUCCACAUGUCUUCAAUCCUGGACAUUUCUUGGAUUCCGAGGGCAGAUUCCUUAAGAAAGAAGCCUUCUUGCCUUUUUCAGCAGGUAAACGUAUGUGUCUGGGCGAGCACCUUGCCAAAAUGGAGCUGUUCCUUUUCUUCUCAACUCUCCUCCAACGCUUCACCUUCAAACCAGUUCCUGGAGAAAUGCCCAGCUUGGAAGGCGUGCUGGGAUUCACCCAUUCCCCCGAAGAGUUCAGGUUUCUGGCUUUGCCCCGUUGAUGACAGUUGACACAAAGGCCAAAAGAGAUCUCUGUCCUCAUUUAGAGACAAAGUGUCCAGCUGAGGGAUUUUAGACCAAUACAUUUUGUAUGUGGGACACACAGACAGAGUGAGGCUUUUCACAUGUCUAUUUUCAAACAUGAAAAAUAUGUGAAUAUUAAAUGAACGGUGCUCUUUACCAACAGCAAGCGAUUCAAGUGACAAAUGUGUUAAAGCAGGUUAUAUUUUUGUCUGCACAUUUACCCUUUUUGUAUUUUAUUACAAUUGAAAUCUUAAUCUAUCAAUAGCUGUUUCCAACAACCAGAGGAAGGCACUAACAAGUUACUUACAUGUAUCUACUGAAAUAUCUUUUAAUAAAGGCUGCACUUCCAAAAACAGGUUUCAAUGAACCAUACUUUUAUAUUUUACUUGAGUCUUUUUCUGAUGAAAAAGUACUUUUGCUUAGCUAUAAUUGGCUACAUUCUUUUAUUCGUAUAAUGUUCAUUUCUCCUUGUAUUUAACAUUUGCACUUCUUAAUCUAACCAUCAGUGAUAUUCUUGACCAAAACCCUGUAAACUAUGGGACCUACCUGUUUCUGUGGUUUGUUCAAAAAUUCAAAAACAUUUAGACGAUUAGAAUUUGCACUUGAAAUUGUUUUUUUCUAUCUCAUUACGUAUUGAUAUCCCAAUAAUCUUGAAAUAUUUU